CUGAACUUUCACCCCAGAAGACCUAGGCUUUUUCCUUUUGUUUCGGGGUUGCCGUUUAGAUCGCAAAAUCGUCUCCAUGGGAAUCCCGACUUUAAUUAUGAGCUCAUAGGGAUCAGAAACAUCAAAUGCUAUCGUUCGAAUAUUUUUAAAUUAAAAAUAAUCGGAUAGUAAUUCAUGGAGAAAAACUGGACUUGCGGCUUAUGUCCCCGUUUUGUACUCGAGGCUGGUGAAAUAGUGAGCUGGAGGAGAGUGUAAACAACUCAGCGAGCAGGUGUGAGAACUUGGUGAAGAUCAACAGAACGCAGUAAAGAGGGAAAAUGGGAGAGAAGAAGCCAGAGCCGUUGGAUUUUGUGAAGGACUUUCAGGAGUAUCUCACUCAGCAAACACAGCAUGUGAACAUGAUCUCAGGGUCUGUGAGUGGGGAGAAGGAGACUGAGGCUCUUCAAGGGGCAGGUACAGAGAAUGACCAGAAUGGGCUGGACCAUCCUUCUGUGGAGGUGUCUCUGGAAGACAGUUCUGGGAUGCUAGUGGAUGGCUUUGAGAGGACAUAUGAUGGCAAGCUGAAGUGUCGCUACUGUAAUUAUGCCAGCAAGGGAACAGCCCGCCUCAUUGAGCACAUCAGGAUACACACAGGAGAGAAGCCUCACCGCUGCCACCUGUGCCCCUUUGCCUCGGCGUAUGAGCGCCACCUGGAGGCUCACAUGCGCUCGCACACCGGCGAGAAGCCCUACAAAUGUGAGCUGUGCUCCUUCCGCUGUAGCGACCGCAGCAACCUCUCGCACCACCGCCGCCGCCGGCACAAGAUGCUUCCCAUGAAGGGGGCGCGCUCCAGCCUGGCCAACAAGAAGAUGCUCAGCGUCCUGCAGAAAAAGUCCAGCGCCCUGGGCUACAGCCGCCGUCUGCUUAUCAACUUCAGCCCCCCCUCCAUGGUGGUGCAGAAGCCGGAUUACCUGAAUGACUUCUCCCACGAGCUCCCGCACCUGCACUCGGAGGCCUACGAGAGCAUGGCGAAGGCCCAGGCAGGCGGGAGUGGCGGCUCGAGGGACGCCCAGGACAUGAUGGUGGACAACCCUCUGAACCAGCUGUCCACGCUGGCAGGCCAGCUGGCCAGCCUGCCCCCCGAGACCCACACCCCCGUGUCCCCGGACGUGGUGUCCUGUCGCGAGGAGAAGCCGUUCCUCAUCCAGCAGCCGGCCGCCGCGCCUGCCGCGGUGUCCGCCGCCGUGGCCCACGCCUCGUCCCCCGCGAGCCCGGAGCCGCGGCCCCCGCCCCACAGGAAUUACAGCCCUGUGGCGGGCCCCAGUAGCGAACACAGCGCGCACACCAGCACCCCCCCCAGCAUCAGCAACAGCCAGCCCAGCACCCCGGCUCCCGCCCUGCCCGUGCAAGAUCCCCAGCUCCUGCACCACUGCCAGCACUGUGACACCUACUUCGCAGACAACAUCCUCUACACCAUCCACAUGGGCUGCCACGGGUACGAGAACCCCUUCCAGUGCAACAUCUGCGGUUGCAAGUGCAGGAACAAGUAUGAUUUCGCCUGCCACUUUGCCCGGGGGCAGCAUAAACAGCAGUGACUCUGAUGGCAAGGCAAAGUGGAAUGCGGACUGGAAUACGGAGUAAGUUAAUUGCCCCCACCCACGUAACUUUAAUGGAGGGCUUUAGUUUUAACAUUCAGUCUAGGCACUGAAAUGAUCCCUCUGUUAUUUGGGAGAGGAAAAAAAAAAGUCAUUGUGAGCUGUCUGCAGUUAUUUAUAUGUUUAUGGAAUAAACUGGCAGAUUGUUCAUGUUUAAAAAAAUCGUAUAACAAGGAGGCACAGAGAAGCGCAUGUUUUUGGUCACUGCAGUUAUUCAGGACAUGGUUUGUGACAAUGACUGUUUUGGAGGGGAUAGGGGCUUUCAACACUGUAUUAAAAACGCAACACUUCGAGGAACAGAAACCAUUGCAAAUAUACAGGAGUGUUCAUAUCACGUUAGGAAAAUAUUAACAGCUAAUCAUCUUGUCGUUGAACUGGGUCCCAACACUUAAGACUUGGCUCAUUGAAUGCUGGUGUUGUGAUGGGUUGCCGGGCUACACCAGGAUGGUCCCAGACUUUUAAAUUACCCAUUGUCUGACUCAGAGCAACUGCUAUGUGAUAACAGGCUGCAGUUUGUCAUCUCUGUCUGCAGUGCAGUUGGAGGAAGGAGUGAGAUCUACAAUGCAGUUCAGUACUCAAAACAAUCCUUCUGAACAGCUGUUACUGUAUGUAGGGGAUCUGAUAGGAAUCCACAGUAGUUAGAAGAUGCUCUGUUGGUUACUACAAAUCAGCUGUGACUCAUUUUUUUGCUAUCCUUUUUAUCUACUGGGAAUUCAAAGGACAUCACGGUAAAGUCAAUUGUCAUGGGAAAGAGUCACUUUCUCAAUGUUCUUGUGAAUAAGAAUGGAAGUAUGAUCACAAAAAGAGUAAGGUGUAUUUAUAGUUGGCUGUCAAGUUACGACUGUCAUUGCCUUUUUAUUUUGGAUCCUUUCAGAAGAAAUAUUCUACUUUUUUUUGGUCACAUCAGCUUUACAGAGUGAACAAACCUCAUUGCUGAAAGACCUUUUCUUUUGUCAGGAUUAUGCUGAGUGAAAAUGAAAGAUAUUCCCCCUGUAAACCUCCUGUAAAAGUAUCUUAGGCUUAGACGAAACAAGGCUGUGGGCAAAACUCAAAACUCAUUUCCUUUGUCUGCAGGAUUUAUGCCUACAAGAACACAUCUUAAUACUUCCAUUUAUUGGACAGUAUGUGGGAAACACUGGUGCCAUUGAAACUGCCUUUCAAAAUAUGAUGAAAAGCACUUUUUUUGUGUCAUUUUAGAUUUGGUUUUAAUAUGAAUAUGUGUCCCAUGUAAAUAAUGAUCAACAAAUGUGUACGUUUGCGCAAGUCAAAUACUUCAGCAGUUUCAAACUAGCCUUUUAAAAUUAACUGCUUAUUGGUAUUUAUUAUGAGAUGAAACUCAGCCUUUGAGAACUUGAAUUACAACUGCUUAUUAUUUCAAGGCCAAAGUAUUCUUCAGUAAUAUUUUAAAAUAUUUUUUUAAAUAGCAUAUUUUUUACAGCAUUGUAGCAACUCAUCAGAUGCAUAGUGUUUUCUUAAUCAGCAACUUAAUAUUGUUUACCUAUUGUAGUAUUUUAAUGAUUUGCACAUGAUAUUGACUGUGUGUGAGAGUGAAGUGUGUGUGUGUGUUAAAGGUCACUUCUCAUCAUGCUCCCUAAUAAAAGCUUAAUGUUGCUUUAAAUGCUUGUAUAAAGGCUUGAAAUUGUAUUUCCCUCAACAGAAGGAAGAGAAAUAUCUUAUGCAGCUAAUUAUAAAGCAGUGGUGCAUUGAAAUACCCCGUACUUGUAAUGAGACUGAAGCAGUAUUUCUGCUAGAAAUUGAUAACCUGCUGUAAACAAACUUGAAAUCUAUAACUGGCCUUUUUAGGAGGCAUUAGUUAAUAUUAUGGGCUUGGAGACCUACUCUCUCACAAUCCAUAGAAAAGAUGAUGCAUCUGGGAUUAGAUUAAUAAAGAAAUAGUUGGGCUACCUUUAUGGAGUAUUACACGUUGUGAUGAUGUUUCUGAAGUUGUGCACCGAGGGACUCGUAACCUGACCCGGGUCGGAGCAUUGCUGACGUAUACUGACUGGGCAGCUUGGAGAACGGUGAAACUCUGGACUAGUUCGAGCUGUUUUUGAACUUCUUGACCUAAGAAGUGAAAAGGAUGUGGUUGAAAUGACAAGGCCUACAGAGGGUUGGUGUAAGUUACACCUCUGUGUAGUAUGCAAACAUUUGUACGGGCUUAAAAAGUGAUUUUUAAGCGUGACGUGAUGCUGGUCUUUUUUAAGUUUAUUUUUUUUUAAAUCCAGCACAUUUAGCAUUUUGUGUUAAAUGCUUAAAGAUUGGCCAGGAUUUGAGUUUAUCUGCAAUAAUUUCCCCACAGGUGCUGGUGGCAUCACUUCUCUGUCUUUGUACCUUCAUUACUGCAUACAGAUAUAGUACUUGUGGUUAGGCCAAACACAGUAACAUGAUUUGCUAUAAAAUGUGAUGCAGAUAAGCUAAAAAAACUUGUAUGGCAGUGUAAUAGCUGAAAUUAGACAUCUAUAUAUCUUUUGAUGCCGUUUUAUUAUUUUUUCUUGCAAGGCUGUUUUGUAGCCUUAUUGAGGUGAGUAGUUGGUACAGGUAGAGUUUGCAGCUUCCUGGGUAACAGUAUCAUAACUUCAGAAUUCCAAAUUUACACACUUCCUUUCAGUAUUUUGUACCUUAUUUCAGUACUUUUCAAGCAUUGGUUACACCUAUUCUUGAAAAUAUAAACUAGUCUUUCAUAAUGACAUGCGAUAAGCCAGUGGGUCUCCAGUGCUCUCAAAUCUGGAAAAUACAGCAAAAAGCAGCCUUUUCUCUUCCUGGGUGAUGUGUGUGCCAUGUUCCUGCUUUGCUUUGUAUAACUGAUUUGUGUGUAUCUUGGUAUGUCUGCAAAGCUCAGUGCUUCAUAUCUGCCACGUAGAUCUGUUAUUUUUCAGUCUGGUGCAGAAAUAAAAGAGCUUGUGUUAUUGUACGUGUGAGAUCGAGGUCAUUUUCUGUUUAGACAGUAUUGACUUUUAACCAAAAAUUACUGAUUUAGACUAUGCUUUAAAGCAGAAGCAAUACUAAAGUUUGAUUAAAAAAGUGAAGAAAACCAGUCUAGUCACUAGUUAUUAUAAAAACUUUUGAAUCACAGGAACAUUCAACCUUUCGGAUCUGACUGCAUUUGAACUGAAAUUUUGAAUGCUGUUGUAUGUAUGAGAAAACUAUUAUAAAGACACCAUCAAGGACACAGUGUUGUGAAUGACUGAUAUGUGUUGUAAGCUUUAUUUUGCAGACAUUGAUCUGUCAGAGGUGCGUCUCAGUGGUAUGGAUGUGUAGGGUCAUAUAUAUAUAGAAUGGGACUUUGGGCCUUAUUUAACCAUGGAUUUGAUUAUAGCCUUCUUGUUACACAAACUAGUGCUUUAAUUUAUUACCAUUAGUAAUAUUGAGAUUAUCCUUAUUCCUACUUUAUUUCUAGAAAUAGAAAAAUGUUUUCCAAGUGUGAUAAGUUACGCAAGAGUUGAUACCAACUUUUAGAAUUUUCCUAAUUGUUCUGAUUUUCAGAAUGUCAUCUAACCAGGUGAAACUGAUUUACUAUUAAGUAGAAAAUCACAGUGGCUAUUAAAAAAUGUAAAUAUUCUAAUAAUUGCUUAACAUGCAGUGGUACAUUAAGCUGUGCAGUACCUCCAAGAAAGCUUAUGAAUUCCUUUAUUUGUAAUGUGGAAAUUUGUAUUUUCAUCUAAAGCAUUUUUUAUUUCUUUUGUCCGGAAGUAUGCAUCAUAAACCUGUGACUGUAAUGUCAUAAGUAAAUGUUUGAUAGUGUUAAUACAGAUCAUUGUCAGCAUCAGUGCAUUGUGUGUGUAGGAACAACUUGUGAAAGAGUAACCUGAACUAAUAUCCAUUUAAAAUUUCAACGCUCUGCUUUUUGUACUUCAUAAGUAAAACUAAGUUUUUAUAA